ACACUGAACUAGAACUAUCCAAAAGGCAAGAAGCGCAUCGUAUUUUUCUUCAUUCUAGUGUUAAUUCUUUAUUUUCAAAACAAACUUGGAAUCUUCAAGAAAUGGCAAGUCGGGUGAGACGUGUGGUUGAGACAGAUUUAUCGAAUGUUGAAUUCGAUACGAGUGAAGAUGUUGAAAUCAUUCCUACAUUUGAUGCGAUUGGUCUGCGAGAAGAUUUGCUUCGCGGUAUAUAUGCCUACGGAUUUGAAAGACCAUCAGCUAUUCAGCAAAGAGCUAUUAAACCUAUAAUGAAAGGCAGAGAUGUAAUUGCUCAGGCACAAUCUGGUACUGGAAAAACUGCAACAUUUGCGAUUGGAGUUCUUCAAAUGUUAGACACUGCAGUACGAGAGACACAAGUUUUGACAUUGUCUCCUACAAGAGAAUUAGCUGUACAGAUUCAAAAAGUCAUUCUGGCUCUAGGUGAUUAUAUGAAUGUACAGUGCCAUUCCUGUAUUGGUGGGACAAAUCUUGGAGAAGAUAUAAGAAAAUUAGAUUAUGGGCAGCAUGUUGUAUCAGGCACACCUGGCAGAGUUUUUGAUAUGAUAAGAAGAAGAAACUUGAGGACAAGAUCCAUUAAGAUGCUAGUUUUAGAUGAAGCUGAUGAAAUGUUAAAUAAAGGUUUUAAAGAUCAAAUCUAUGAUGUUUAUAGAUAUCUUCCUCCAGCAACUCAAGUUAUUUUGAUAUCUGCUACUUUGCCUCAUGAAAUUUUAGAAAUGACCAGUAAAUUUAUGACUGAUCCAAUCAGGAUCUUGGUAAAACGUGAUGAAUUGACACUGGAAGGAAUUAAACAGUUCUUCGUUGCUGUUGAAAGAGAAGAAUGGAAAUUGGAUACAUUGUGUGAUUUGUAUGAUACAUUAACUAUAACACAAGCCGUAAUAUUUUGCAACACAAAAAGAAAGGUAGACUGGUUGACCGAAAAAAUGAGGGAAGCUAACUUUACAGUUUCAUCCAUGCAUGGUGACAUGCCUCAAAAAGAAAGAGAUGCUAUUAUGAAGGAAUUCCGAUCUGGACAAACUCGUGUUUUAAUAACUACAGAUGUUUGGGCCAGAGGCAUUGAUGUUCAACAAGUUUCAUUAGUUAUUAACUAUGAUCUUCCAAAUAAUCGUGAGUUGUACAUUCAUAGGAUUGGUCGUUCUGGAAGAUUUGGACGCAAAGGUGUUGCAAUCAACUUUGUUAAAAGUGAUGACAUCAGAAUAUUACGGGACAUUGAGCAGUAUUAUUCUACUCAGAUUGAUGAAAUGCCCAUGAAUGUUGCUGACCUUAUUUAAUGAAAGUUCAUCCAGCUGGAGCUCACUGAAAUUUAAAAUUCACCAGUGAAUGAACUGCAUAACUUUAAUGCAUUGUACCAUAAAUACUGUAUAUUUUUCAUGCUUCAAUAUUAAAAACUCAGAAUUGUUUAUAGUUUCUUUAACCACCAUACAUUUUAAGUGUCACAUUGUUUUAUGUCUUAGAAUAAAAAUUGCAUUUAUGCAUUGUUGUUUGACAAAAUAUUUUGAGAUUUCUUCUCUUCCAUGUACUACUUAUGGGUUUGAUUUGCUGUUAGAGCAGUUAAGAUUAACUUCAGAUGCAGCAGUUAAUAGAAUAAACAUUGCUUUUACAAAUUCUUUUUUAAUCUUUUGAGUUAUGAUAUUUUACUUACUACAGGGUUUUAUUCAAACAGUAGAUUUUCAGAGGAAGCAAUAGAGUUGAAAUAGUGUAAUGUAUUUAUAAUAUUGUUUAAAAAAAAAAAUUUCUUGCAGAGGGCAAAAAGGUUUUAAUAUCAGGGUUCGUACGGGUCAUGGAAAUCCUGGAAAGUCAUGGAAAAAAAAUAAGCGAAUUUCAGACCUGGAAAAGUCAUGGAAAAUUGAAAUUUUCAUUGAAAGUCAUGGGGAUUUAUUUCAAGUCAUGGAAAAAUGUCCUGGAUAAAAAGAAAGUAACAGUAACUAAAGGAGCAUUAGAAAUCUUGAGUGAUUUAACAGUAUAGCACAUAAAAACUGGUAAAAGUGGAAAAUUGAACGAUCCCAAUAUCAAAUCUGAAUUUUGAAAUCUCAUUUGAUCCACUUCUGUCGCAGCUGCUUGCCUUUUUUUGCGAUGUGAUUUUACUGCUUGGACAUCACUUAUCUUGAAUUUACUGUUAUUUUCGACACUUAUGUUUCAUAUUCUGUAGUAGCGAAAUUUCACGUUCUUAGUUUUGCCACACCCACUCAAAAAAAAAGCAAUUCAAUUGCAUCCGAGUUCGAUUCCAUCACUCGUAAGAACUUUAUUAUUAAUUUUAUCAGAGUUUAUCUUCAUUUGUUGAAGGUUUUAGAAAAUAAAGAUCUUUAGUCAGGCGAUAGAAUACAGAAAAAGAGAAAUUUUAAUAAUAUAAAACAGUAGUGCCCAACAUAUGGCCUGCAAAACUAAUCCAUGCGACCCACUGCUACGUUCAAGUCAGGAAUCAAACAUGUUCUGAAAUUUCUGCACCUAAUUAGUUUAUAUGCAUUCGAAAAAGUGCAAAUGCGUAAACAAAACAAGUAUACUUUUGAAUCAGAAGAUUGAUUCAUUAUUAAAUUGUUUUUUCAGAAAAGAUCCGAUUUAGAAACAUAAAAAACUAAACUAUGUGGCUUUACUUUAAAGAACCAAAAUACUGCCAAGUAACGUGGAUGAUUAAAUGCACUGUUGACACUAAAAGGCAACUUUUGAAGCAAAUUUAUUGAAACUUAGUGAUGACUCAUUCUGCCUAUUUAUAAAUAAAAUAUCAGUCAUUUAAGCAUCAUCAUAUUCGUUUCACUGCAUUUUUACUUUACUUAAAUUUAUAUGAUGAAGACAAAUAAGAAUAGUUUAGUUUUUUAAGCGUACACUUAUAUUUUUUCCAUUACGAGUAAGUUCUUCAAUGAGGCUGUGGCAUUCAUGUAGACGUUUUGCUAAUGCUCAUUUCCAAAAAUUAUCAAGUUUGAGAUUAAAUAGUGCUAUUCUUUUCAACGAGGUCAUGAAAAUUUUCAUUGAAGUCAUGAAAAAUUCUUGGAAAAGUCAUGGAAUUUUUCCAUCCAAAUAGAGUAUGAACCCUGUAAUAUACCCAGCAAUUUGGAAAAAUCUAUUUUGAAAAGCUUUUUUUCAAAAAAUCA